AUGGCCAGCAAACUUGUCACAAUCAUCGGUAUUACCGGUAACCAGGGCGCAUCAGUCGCUGAGGCUUUCAUCAACGAGCCAGGAUGGAAAAUCCGCGGCAUCAGCCGUGAUCCCAGCAAGCCUUCUAGCAAAGUGUGGAGUGACCGAGGAGUAGAGAUGGUUGGUGCUGACCUCGACGAUGCCGAGGCAUUGAAGACAGCAUUCAAGGGAUCAAAUGCCAUCUUCGGUGUCACAGAUUUCUGGCAGCAAAUGAAAGUUCCCGCCAACAUCAAGAAGGCGCAAGAGACGGGCCGAGUGCUCAACGAGGUCGCAUUUGAUGGCGAGAUCGAACAGGGAAAGAACAUCGUGAAUGCUGCGCAGGCCACAGCAGACACCCUGGAUCUUUUGGUUCUUUCAGUACUUGGCGACUCCAAGAAAUGGAGCCACGGAAAAAUCACCUGGAACUACCAUUUCGAGGGAAAGUGGAGGAUCGUGGAAUAUCUCCAAGCAACAUAUCCUGAGCUGUACAAGAAGACUUCCUUCUUCCAGCCCGCAUUUUUCAUGACAAACCUCGAGGGUGGCAUGGGUCCGCGAAAGGGGCCUGACGGAGAGUAUGUCAUGAGACAGCCCAUCGAUGGCAACAAGCAAAUCCCCAUGUAUCAUCCUCGCCAGGACACUGGACCAUUAGUAAAGGCACUCAUCACAUCCUCGCCCGGGAAGAACCUCAUGGGUUUCAGCAGCCAGAUCAGCUUCAACGAGAUCGCACAAAUCUGGAGCAAGAGCAUCGGCGAACCCGUCAAGUUUGUGCCGAACACGGUUGAGGACGUGGACAAGGCAAUGCCUGGAGGCCAUGGUCGUGAGCUGGGCGAGAUGAUGGCAUACAUCAACGACCCUGGCUAUUUUGGAGGCGAAGAGGCUGUCAAGGAAUUGAACUUGAUCACCCCACAAGAUCUCGGCGUUACCGGCCUUUCCAAUGUCAGGGAGUUCUUGAAGGACAAAAAAGUAAACUAGACACUCCUGGGUUCCGAGCAAAAGUAUCUAAUUCUAUCGAGUCGCAGAAAUUAGUGCGACUGUGAUAAAAAAAAGGUUGUAUAUAUGAUACCAGGGCAUUAAAUCUUAAUGCCUCACCUCUCAAUA